CCCCUUGCUAUUUAUACUUCUGCCCAUUUGGAGCCAGCUGUCACGUGAACGAGACAACCAAGACCCCUGUGUGUGUCUGUGAGCAGAGAUGUAGCCAGAUAUUCGCUCCAGUGUGUGGCAGCGACGGGGUCACCUAUACCAACCUGUGCAUGCUGGACAGAGCCAUGUGCAUUCACAACAAGAACAUCAGAAUCGUGUCGCAGGCACAGUGUGGUAUUCGCAACCCGUGUGAGGGUCAAGUCUGCAAGUUUGGAGCUGAAUGCAUGCCUUCCAUAGACGGGACCAUAGCCAGAUGUCAGUGCCCCUUAGAUUGUCCGUCUUAUGGUGAUAGUAUAGACAGCAAGCCGGUCUGUGGCAACGAUGGCAAUGACUAUGCUAAUCUGUGCGAACUCAGAAAGGCUGCGUGCUACAGACUUGAGGACAUUCGAGUCAAGUACUAUGGUAAAUGUGAUCCUUGUGAAGGUUUCACAUGCGAGUCACCAAAAGUUUGUCAAGUCAAUGCACAAAGAGAGCCAGAGUGUCAGUGCAGUUACAUUUGUCCCACAGAAAUGAAUCUUGUGUGUGGUACAGAUGGUAGAACAUACAGCAAUCAGUGCUUAUUAAGAAAACAAGCUUGCAAAUCCAGAAAGGAAAUUAGAGUUCUAUACAAUGGAAAGUGCAGCCCAGAAAACAACCCAUGCAACCAGCUGAGGUGUGGACCUGAAGAGGAAUGUUCCAUUGAUCGUACAGGAAAAGCUGCUUGUAUUUGCCCACCAGUAUGUGAGCCAGUGCUGCGGCGUGUCUGUGGCAAUGACAGCACCACCUACGAUAAUGAGUGUGAACUUCGAAGACGCUCUUGUCAGGAGAAGGUCUAUGUUGUUGUUAAACACCCAGGACACUGUGGACCGGACUAUAUUUGUCAGAACCACUUCUGUGACUAUGGAGCAGUGUGUACUGAACAUAAUGGCAAACCAGUUUGCCAGUGCCCUCAGUGUACAGAAGAGUACAGUCCGGUCUGCGGUGAAAACAACAUCACUUAUGAGAAUGAGUGCAAACUGAGACAAGAAAACUGCCAGAGAGAGGAAAAUAUCAAGAUCAAGAAACAAGGCUCAUGUGAUGGUUGUGGACAGCAGAGAUGUGAAUUUUAUGCCGUGUGUGAAAGUUUUAAUGGCAAGCCAAGGUGUAUUUGCCCAACAUCCUGUGUAAAGGUGGAUGCCCCUGUGUGUGGAAAUGAUGGUGUCACAUACGCAAAUGAGUGUGAAUUAAGAGUUGAGUCUUGUCGGCAAAAGAAGUUUUUAACUAUUGCUUCAGCUGGUUCUUGUGAUAAAUGUAAAGGCAUCCAUUGUGACUUCAAUGCCAAGUGUGAGAAUGGAAUAUGUGUAUGUCCCAUAAUGUGCCCAACAGUUCAUGAGCCAGUAUGUGGAAGUGAUGAGCAGUCAUACGUCAAUGAAUGUGAGAUGCGCAAAUAUUCAUGUGACCAGCGGGUGUUCAUAGAAGUUGCUAAGACAGGAGAAUGUGAAGGGGAUUUUAUAUCUGGCUCUGGUGACUUUGCCAUCAGUGGUGAUGGUUGGAAUACAGAUGAUGAAUCUGAAGAUCCCAUUCCUGUUGUUGCUAACAUAACAUGUGUACAGGAGAACUGCAUCAAGUAUGGAGGCAGGUGUGAACGCGUGGGUCUGCAGUACACAUGUUCCUGCAAGUUUAGCUGUGAGGCUGUGAGGCAGCCUGUUUGUGGCUCUGAUGAUCAGAUUUAUGGCAACCAAUGCAUUAUGCAGUUUCAAUCUUGCCGUAAAGGCAAAGCAAUUACAGAACAACCAAUGGAGAACUGUGAUGAAUUUACAGAGCUGGAAGCAUGUGAUGGCUCUGUACCUUUAGUGAACCCACAGACAGGAAGUGACUUUGACUGCGGUCCUGGUAAAGAUAUAUGUCCAGCAAAGAGUUAUUGCCACAUUACAGCACAGUUUUCUAAGUGUUGCAAGGAUGAUUCAGUUCAAGUAAAGCACUGUUUUGAGACAACAUAUGGUUGUUGCCUAGAUGGUCAAACAUCUGCAAAGGGUCCAAGAGAGGCUGGAUGUCCAG